CGCAGUAUUCCCGCGGUGUCUUCGCCAUCUUCGGCCUGUACGACAAGCGCUCAGUCCACACGUUGACGUCCUUCUGCAGCGCCCUUCACAUUUCCCUCAUUACGCCAAGUUUCCCCACUGAGGGCGAGAGCCAGUUCACCCUGCAGCUCCGGCCGUCCAUCCGGGGGGCGCUACUUUCCCUACUCGACCACUACGACUGGAAUAAGUUUGUCUUCCUGUACGACACAGACCGAGGGUACGCCAUCCUGCAGGCCAUCAUGGAGAAAGCUGGACAGAACAACUGGCAGGUCAGCGCCAUCUGCGUGGAAAGCUUCAACGAUGCCAACUAUCGCCGGCUGCUGGAGGAUCUGGGCCGGCGACAGGAGAAGAAGUUUGUCAUUGACCUGGAGGCAGAGAGACUGCAGAACAUGUUGGAACAGAUCGUCAGUGUUGGGAAACAUGUGAAGGGAUACCACUACAUCAUGGCCAAUCUGGGUUUUAAGGACAUCAACCUGGAGCGCUUCAUGCAUGGAGGAGCCAACGUGACAGGGUUCCAGCUGGUAGACUUCAGCAACCCCAUGGUCAUCAAACUGAUGCAGCGCUGGAACAAACUGGAUCAGAGAGAAUACCCAGGCUCAGACGCCCCACCAAAGUACACUUCGGCACUGACCUACGAUGGGGUGAUGGUGAUGGCCGAGGCCUUCAGGAGCCUACGCAGGCAAAAGGUUGAUCUAUCCAGACGUGGGAACGCCGGCGACUGCCUCGCUAACCCUGCCGCCCCGUGGAACCAAGGCAUAGACAUGGAGCGCACCCUGAAACAGGUCCGGCUGCAGGGACUAACAGGUAAUGUUCAGUUUGACCACUAUGGCCGAAGGGUCAACUACACUAUGGACGUGUUUGAGCUGAAGAAUAAUGGACCAAGAAGGAUUGGCUAUUGGAAUGAUGCGGACAAACUGGUGCUGAUCCAGGACUCCCCGCUGCUUCCUAAUGACACCACUGGCAUGGAGAACCGUACUGUUAUUGUUACCACCAUCAUGGAAGGUCCCUAUGUGAUGCUAAAGAAGAACUGGGAGAUGUACGAAGGAAAUGACCAAUACGAGGGUUACUGCGUGGACCUGGCCUCAGAGAUCGCCAAACACAUCGGGAUCAAGUACAAGAUUUCCAUAGUCCCGGAUGGAAAGUACGGCGCCAGGGACCCAGAGACGAAGAUCUGGAAUGGCAUGGUUGGGGAGCUGGUGUACGGGAAAGCGGAAAUCGCUGUGGCCCCUUUAACUAUCACGCUGGUCCGGGAGGAGGUGAUUGAUUUCUCCAAACCCUUCAUGUCGCUCGGUAUCUCCAUCAUGAUCAAGAAGCCCCAAAAAUCUAAGCCGGGUGUGUUCUCCUUCCUGGACCCGUUGGCCUACGAGAUCUGGAUGUGCAUCGUGUUUGCCUAUAUCGGCGUGAGCGUGGUGCUCUUCCUGGUCAGCCGCUUCAGCCCGUACGAAUGGCACACCGAGGAGCCCGAGGAGGGCACCGACGGUCCGCCAAGUGACCAGCCCCCCAAUGAAUUUGGUAUCUUCAACUCUCUCUGGUUCUCCCUGGGCGCCUUCAUGCAGCAGGGAUGUGACAUCUCCCCAAGAUCAUUAUCUGGACGGAUAGUUGGAGGGGUGUGGUGGUUCUUCACCCUCAUCAUCAUCUCAUCCUACACGGCCAACCUGGCUGCCUUCCUCACUGUGGAAAGGAUGGUCUCCCCCAUCGAGAGUGCAGAGGACCUGGCCAAGCAGACAGACAUUGCCUACGGCACUCUGGACUCGGGCUCCACCAAAGAGUUCUUCAGGCGGUCCAAGAUUGCCGUCUAUGAGAAGAUGUGGGGCUACAUGAAGUCUGCCGAACCCACGGUCUUCACCAAGACCACGGCCGAAGGGGUGGCACGUGUCCGCAAGUCCAAGGGGAAAUACGCCUUCUUGCUGGAGUCCACCAUGAACGAGUACACGGAGCAGAGAAAACCCUGCGACACAAUGAAAGUGGGAGGCAACCUGGACUCCAAAGGCUACGGAGUGGCCACACCCAAGGGUUCACAGUUAAGAAGUGCAGUUAACCUGGCAGUGUUAAAGCUCAAUGAGCAGGGCCUGUUGGACAAAUUGAAAAACAAGUGGUGGUACGACAAAGGAGAAUGUGGCAGCGGAGGCGGUGGCGAGAAGGACAAGUCGUCCCAGGCCCUCAGCCUGAGCAACGUGGCGGGGGUCUUCUACAUCCUCGUCGGGGGCCUGGGUCUGGCAAUGCUGGUGGCCCUCAUCGAGUUCUGCUACAAGUCGCGCAACGAGGCCAAAAGAAUGAAGCUGACAUUCACAGAAGCCAUGAGGAACAAGGCUCGUCUGUCCAUCACAGGCAGCGUCGGGGAAAACGGACGAGUCCUGACACCCGACUGUCCCAAGGCCGUCCACACCGGGCCUCCCAUCCGCCAGAGCUCCGGCUUGGCCCUGGUUUCCUCUGAGCUUCCUUGAAAACCAAAAACCUCCCAAGUGCCUUAUUGCAGUAACAACACCACCACCACCAACCGAGACAAGGAACCACAAAGAAACAGGAUUCACAAAGCCGACGGGUCUGUACUGGUCAGGAGAGAAGCCCACUGAGGUGGGCUCAGUGACCCUCCAUAACCUGAGGGAACCAGAGAAAGAACUAUCUCUGUUUUUUUUAUUCAACCCAUGACUGAGGAGAAACACAGAGGACAAAAAAAUUAUAUCAGAGACGACUAGUAAAAAAAGAAAACUGCAAACUUGAAACUUCAACCUUUCUGUGGGGGGAAAAAAAGGACUGCUCUGAGGCAGCGGCGGACAUCACAGAACGGGAAGAUCAGCAGAUAGAUAUCUGUAUUAUUACGCAGAAAUAUAAAUUUAUUGAUUUUGAAAUAUAUGAAUAAAUCUACAAUCCUAUGAACAUUAGUAAAUAUGUAUAUUCUGAGGAAGAACUGAUGAAAUCUAGCUGUACAUAACCACAGCCGUGCUUGCUUUUUAAACACAUGUACAUAGACACUGUAGUGAAGAGACGUUCUUUUCUAAAUCAUCUUGUAAGAUUUUAUUCGUCGCAAUAAUAAAAAGGACGACGCCACCUGAACAAGACGACAGGAGGCGCUGAAGAACUUUGUGUUUAAUAUAUUAAUAUAGAAGCAUCCAAACUCUAAAUGUGAAGGGUAUCGACUGCCCAAAUAUUCUGAUACCUGUUGCAGUAAAAGUUGAUGAAAUAUAUUCCAGGAUGAAUGUUAACUAGCUCCACCCUACAAACCCAUGUAGUCCUCACUGUGCAGACGUAGACCCAGAGAGCUGCUUUAGAAAUCAACUUCCUGCUCUCAGGACAUUAUUUUUUUUUUUCCAUUCUUUGAUCUAUUUUUUUAUGCUGGAAAAAAAAAAAAAAGAUAUAGUUUAAAUCAGUACUAUCAGGGUAGUACUUGAACGCCAUCAAUGGAGCGAUGCCAUUUCUGGCCUGGGAUUAGGGCCCGGUCCUACCUGAAUCACUGUGGAUCCUCCUGGGAGGCUUAACAUGCUGUAGCAGAACUGUCCUCCCCUUGGAGACAUUUGGACAAUCUGCAGGAGGACAUGAAACAUCCAGAGCGACCUAUGGAGGCGCUUUCACUGAAGACCUGCUUCUCAUCCGGCCCGUCUUCAUACAUGCUGAUGUUUACGAAGGGAGACGAAUAAACCAGCAGCAUUUGUCCUGCCAUCUGUCUCCAGACCGGAUGUGUGAUGUGGGCGUCUUUAUUUUGAUUUGA